CCCUCCUUCCCGCCCGGCCCCGGCGCAGUCUCUCUCUUCUCGGACCUGGCGUCUAAAUGAUCGAGCCGCAGUCUUCAAUGAGUAAGCACAUCCCUCAGUUCUGUGGUGUUCUAGGUCACACAUUUAUGGAGUUUCUGAAGGGCAGUGGAGACUACUGCCAGGCACAGCACGACGUCUAUGCAGACAAGUGAACUGUAGAAAUCUGUUGGUGUUACACUCAGAAGACCCUUUAAGAGCCGCUUUACCAGCAGCUGGCUGUUACCUGAGUAGAAAAGCGCUUGAUUCAUCUGCGACCAUAUCUGGAUGGGGUAACUUCAAGUGGGCUGUUUUUCAUUGGUCACAGUGUUGCUGGAUCGAAGUCAAAAGCUUCAUCAAGAGCCUCCAUUCUUCCAGCUUCAUACUUACAAGUGCUCAGUCUCCAGUGGAAUUUGAUAAUUGGGCCUUGGUAUUAAAUUUGGCUCUCUUCAGGCGCCCCACAUUCAAAUUUGCGCACAAUUUUUUUAGCAAAUUUUUCAAGUUUUUUGUGCCAUUUUAAGAAAAUGGCUCGAAUGAAUCGCCCAGCCCCUGUGGAAAUCACCUACAAGAACAUGAGAUUUCUGAUCACCCACAACCCCACCAAUGCAACCUUAAAUAAGUUCAUAGAGGAGUUAAAAAAGUACAGCGUUACCACAGUAGUUCGAGUAUGUGAAGCCACCUAUGACACUUCCCUGGUUGAAAAAGAAGGUAUUCAAUUUUUGGACUGGCCAUUCGACGAUGGUGCCCCACCUUCAAAUCAGAUUGUGGAUGAUUGGCUUAGCCUUCUCAAAGCUAAGUUCCGUGAAGAACCUGGCUGUUGCAUUGCUGUUCACUGUGUGGCAGGACUUGGAAGAGCUCCAGUUCUGGUGGCCCUCGCCUUGAUUGAAUGUGGAAUGAAGUAUGAAGAUGCCGUUCAGUUCAUUCGACAGAAACGUCGUGGAGCCUUCAACAGCAAGCAGCUUUUGUACUUGGAGAAAUACCGUCCCAAAAUGCGCCUACGCUUCAAGGAUUCCAACGGUCAUCGGAACAAUUGCUGCAUCCAGUAAUGUCCACGGAUUGCUGAUCGGUAACUCAACUGAAGGCUAAGCAGAUGCUUAAUGUGACCGGUUCAGUAGGAACGUAAAUUUUUAGAUGUGCUUUUUAAUGUCAACUUGGUGCUUCCCUUCGGAGCUGGGAGGAGGGGGGGGGGGGGGAGGGAAGAGAAAGUGUUUUUAAGCCCAGAAAUUCUCUCGCAACCUUCACGUUUUCUUUGAGCUUCUAACAAGUUACUGUAUGAUGAGUAUACUUCAGUCAAGCUCCUAUUCUUACAGUGCCCAUCACUGAGCUGUGUUGCACAGGGCUGUGAUGUACAGUAGGCAUGUGUUGCAGAGCUCCUUGCUGCCCUGUUUGCAAGCAAUGAAGUUAGGGAUAUACAAAUGACCACAACAUUAGCUGAGUUUCCAGCACAACACGUUUUGAAAUGCAUUUUAUUUUCUUCCCAAGGCCCAGUAUUUGGGUCACCUAGAAUGUUAACUGUUAACAGUUCUGUUGGCAAAUUUGGAGAUCUUUCUCCACCAAAGUGAACCAUCUCUCAAGUCACCUGAAUGUGCAUUACGGAGCACCAGUUUUUGGUGCAUCUCAUUGGUUGAGCUUGCCUCGAUGGGUCAGUGCAGCAUCAACCACAUAUGCAGCUCCUUCACAUGAGCAUUCUACGCAGUGGCAUGGAAAGGUCAAUUCAGCUGGCAGCUCAGUGUAUAUUUGUACUGUUUACAUGAUCUGCAGUCACUAGAACUUGUUGCUGCUCAGCAGUGUGCCUGAGUUUCUUUGUCAAACUUAUCACCGACUAAAUCUUCAUUCGAUUGCCCCCUUUCAUGUAUAUUGUAUAUUGUUUUUUAGAUAAUGCUUGCAAUGCAUUUGAAUGGUUUCUGUUGUAAAUCAUGUGAUGUUACCAUGAAUUUCCUCACAACCCUUUGCAGUUUCAGCAUCUAAAUGGGCCUUCUUCUAAAUGCUUUAGUUCAUCAGAAUCUGCAUAUUGCAAUAUAGCAUAGAGAAGCACACAGUUUUUUCAAAAUCUUAAAAUAAGUCUUCAAAAUAAAGCCUUACAAUGUGAAACAUUGGCACUCUACAGUGCAACUUCAGGUUGGGCCCAAAACAUACAAAUGGGUGGAGGAAGGACUAUUUAAUAUUAGUAUGUUGCCUUUUUGUCUUGUGCAGAAAAUGUAUAUUAGAGUAUGCCCUUUACAUACUAAAUCAAUUUUUUAAAGUAGAAAUGCUUUGUUAUUGUAGCUAAAAAUUCAUAUUGUACAGUAAAAUUUCUGAAACUUGUAACUUUUAUUUCUUUUGAUGUACUAUCGGAGGUUUACCAACUUGUCAGAAGCGUGAUUUGAGUUUCUGCUUCAACUAUGCAGACCACGACGUCUGUAAUAUUUUGUAUGCCUUUUGAUUGCGUAAGUUAAUACUUGGAUACUUAAUCAUUUGUUUAAUUAUGUAAUGAUGCAACGGUGAUGUGUAUUAAUGUUAGAUGAACCAUAUUUAUACUGUCUUGGGAACGUGUGGUAUAGUUCUGUGGGAGAAGUAAUUUGCCAGUUUUCACCAGCUUGUUCUGAACCUAGUGCGAGAGCUUGUCAUCCCAAAUAAAAAGUGGAAAAAGCA